AUGUCCGGAGACGCGGUCCCUGCUAUGUAAGUCGUUCAUUCUCUUAUGGCCUGUACAGCUGCACGCCGACAGUUUUGUGGGCCCAGGAUAGAGAUUCUAUCUUUGUCACGGUGGACCUAGGGGAUGUUCAGAAUAAGGACGUCAAAAUUACCCCAGAGAAAUUUGUCUUCAGGUACGUUGAAUUGCCCAUGUUCGCAUUUGUCCAGCGGAAAGGCCGGGAUCCCAAAGAUCCACGAUUACGCCGUAACUUUGGAGUUCUCCGAACAAGUGGACGCUGAUGUACGUUUACUACUCCCAUUUUACCUUGUUUGCAAUAGAAAGCCAAAGAUAUUUCGACCGACAGGGUUAUUACGUAUCGCAUUCCCAAAAAAGAGGCGAAACCCUGGACACAUUUCCUUAAAAACAAGACAAAACCACACUGGUUAAAGGUGGACUUUGCACACUGGGUUGAUGUGGAUGAUUCCGACUCCGACGCCGAGGGCUUCGGUGGAGAUGGCCGAAACUUCCAAGACAUGCUCUCCAUGAUGGGCAAUAACAAAGAUUUCGAAGAUGAUGAAAAUGAUGCUGACGUAGAUUCUGAUGACGAAGGUAAUUAGCUGUUUUGCUCUUUAACAAUUGUAGACCUCCCUGACUUAGAUGAACCAACAAAGGUCGCGAACGGCGAUGCUGCUCACGUUGUAGAAUCCUCGGACGCAUCGGCUGAGGACGCCGCCUCAGUUGCGAAGUCGGCGGACACUCCAGCCAAAGAUGCUGACCCCACCGAAGCACAAUCAAAAGGCGCCUCGACUGACAGCAGCGCGCCAGCCGCAGCGGCCGAGGCAUAA